GUCUCUGUGUCUUCAUUCUUCCCCUCAGCAUUGCACCCGGAUACCAGUUCCUCUUCCCCUGAGUCGCUGGGCGCAGAUCCUGAGGAGCGCCCCGGAUCACAGCGGAUCCGCGGAGCGUGCUGACCACUUGGGCCCCGACGUCCAGGAACCGCACGCACCGGGAUUACGUACCCAUUCCCCAGAGGGGGCUACUGAGGCCAGAGGUCAGAGCCAACCAGAGAGGCGGCAAGCGAGGGCCUGCGUUUUACCAUUUUAGAAGCAGCCUGGCCACUCUGAGAUAAUAAUAAUUACAAUAGCAACAACAACAACAACACACAAGCAGUGAGGGUGAGGUGACCACAGGCUAAGGGCCAGGCGUGGAUUCUGGUGUCUCUGCCUAGGUUGCUUGAAUGGGGGGCUCCCUGGCUUGGAUGCUGGCGUUGCCACUGCUGCUGCAGGAUCCAGGCAGCCAAGUGUUUUCCUGCAACGUGUCUUCCGUGAAUGUGGACUGGAAUACAGUGUUCACAGCCGUAUGCCUGAAUUUCAGUGGCCAAGGCCUCAGACUGCCCCAGAACCAGUCUCUGCAGGCCAAGGAACUGCUCUACCUUAACCUGUCUGGGAAUGGUCUUCAAGAGCUACCACUGCUCUUCUUUAAACCCCUGAGAAAACUGGUGGAGCUCGAUGUGACAAACAACCCACUGGGCCGCGUGGACAGGGAGCUGGCUAUGCGCUGUACCCUUGACCUGAAGGCUGACUGCAGCUGUGUCCUAGAAUCCUGGCACCAGGUCCGACAGGACAACUGCUCCAGCCAUCAGCCUCUGGAGUGCCGGGACAAAGCUACUGGCGCCUGGCGCAAUGCCUCUACCUUUCUGGAGGCUAGCUGCCCCCCUGGCCUGUCCUUGUCGAUCCUCGGGGCAGUGGUGGCCAGUGGAAGCCUGCUCCUCGGGCUCACCAUCACUGGCCUAGUGCUGGCCCGGAGACUCCGGGGACGACGGAGGGUCAGUAACCGGGAUCUGGACAAAACAGGCGCUGCUCAGGACGGUCCUCGGCCUGGCUCGGGCAAGCAGCCAAGAUACAGCAGCCGGGGCCUGAGCCCGAAGCCCCCAGCGGCUGCCCUGUCCAGACCCUCCACACCUGACUAUGAGAAUGUGUUUGUGGGCCAGCCAGCUGCCGGGCACCAGUGGGCCGAACAUGGGGUUCACCCAUCAGAGGACAGCGACUUCUACGUAAACUACGAAGGGCCUGACCAUGCCUCCCAGCCUGUCUACUGCAACCUUCAGUCGAUGCACCAGGCCCCACUGGACGAAGAGGAGUACGUGGUCCCCGGGUGCUGAGCCUUCGAUGCCCUGAAUUCCAGCCCGCCGCCUUCUACGUGACUUGGGGCAGUCUAGCUCUUCCCUGGUCCCAGUCUUCCCAUCUGAGGAAUGGCGACAGGGAAGGACCAUCCCUGUGGCCCCAGGGAGGCUCUUCAGCUCCCUCUCCAGCCCCCGCUCUGCUUCUCAGCUCUCUCAGCUGCUGCAAGGGGAAGAAGAGAGGCUCUGACAUGGGGACAGGAGGGUCAGUUUGUGAACUCUGUCAUCACCCUCCAGUCAGAGUGCAGGCCGUGCUUAAUAAAUGCUGCAGGGCUGACAAA